AUGCGGGUGUCGCUGCUGAGCCCGCUGCUCCUGCUGUCCCUCAGCGCCGGCCCGCACGCCGCGGAGCUCCCGCUCGCCCGCGCCAAGUGCCCGGCCCGCUGCGAUGUCUCCAAGUGCCCCAGCCCCAGCUGCCCCAGCGGGUACGUCCCCGACCUCUGCGGCUGCUGCCUCAUCUGCGCCGCGGGCGAGGGGGACUCGUGCGGCCGCAAGGAGGACCCGCCCUGCGGGGACAGCCUCGACUGCCGCUACCCCAUGGGCAAGCGCUUCGCCAAGGGCGUCUGCCAGUGCAAGCUCAGCGCCCAGGUGUGCGGCAGCGACGGCCGGACCUACGACAACAUCUGCCAGCUGAAGGCGGUGAGCCGCAAGGCGCUGCAGCACGGGCUGCCCGCCGUCGCCCAGGUCCAGAAGGGAGCCUGUGAAUCGGGUCACCUACAGUCCAGCAGCCCAAGAUACAAAUUCAACUUCAUAGCUGAUGUGGUAGAAAAGAUUGCUCCUGCAGUUGUGCACAUUGAACUUUUUCUCAGGCACCCUCUCUUUGGUCGAAAUGUCCCCCUUUCUAGUGGAUCUGGGUUUAUUAUGUCUGAUUCUGGUUUAAUUGUGACCAAUGCUCAUGUGGUGUCGAGCACAAAUGCAAUAUCAGGGAGACAACAACUGAAGGUACAGCUCCAGAAUGGAGAUACAUAUGAAGCAACCAUCAAGGACAUUGACAAGAAAUCGGACAUUGCAACAAUAAAGAUUCACCCUAAGAAAAAGCUACCAGUAUUGUUACUGGGACACUCUGCUGAUCUGAGGCCAGGAGAAUUUGUGGUGGCAAUUGGAAGUCCAUUUGCCUUACAGAACACUGUGACAACAGGUAUUGUCAGCACUGCUCAGCGAGACGGCAAAGAGCUGGGCCUGCGGGACUCGGACAUGGAUUACAUCCAGACAGAUGCUAUCAUUAAUUAUGGCAACUCUGGAGGACCUCUAGUUAAUCUGGAUGGUGAAGUGAUUGGGAUUAACACCUUGAAGGUCACAGCUGGAAUUUCUUUUGCUAUUCCUUCAGACCGUAUCACUCAGUUUCUCACAGAGUCACAGGACAAACAAAGUAAAGAUGGGAAGAAACGUUUCAUUGGUAUCAGAAUGCUCACAAUAACACCUGCCUUGGUAGAGGAACUGAAGCACAGUAAUGCUGAUUUUCCUGAUGUCAGAAGUGGAAUUUACGUACACGAAGUUGUUCCAAACUCACCUUCUCAUAGAGGAGGGAUCCAAGAUGGAGAUAUUAUUGUGAAAGUCAAUGGGCGUCCUUUGAUGACUUCCAGUGACUUGCAAGAGGCUGUGAUGAAUGAAUCACCUCUACUACUUGAAGUUCGAAGAGGAAAUGAUGACUUGCUAUUUAACAUUGAGCCUGAAAUUGUCAUGUAA